ACGUGACUCAUCGCUACAAACUUCUUCCGGUCCGUGCGUUUCGCAGUCAGGAAAAUGGCGGCUCUUGGACGCUUCUCUCAAGCCUUGCUGAGGUCUUCUGUGGCCCAGACCCGGCGUCAGCUCUCUGCGGCUGCGGCUGGCGGCCACGGCGAGCAGUCAGUUAGAACAUGGAAGAUUCUCACCUUCACGGUUGCUCUGCCUGGCGUGGGCGUGUGCAUGUUAAACACGUUCCUCAAAGAGCACAGCCAUGAGCACCCAGAGUUUGUCCCCUACACACAUCUUCGCAUUCGCAGCAAGCGUUUCCCCUGGGGUGAUGGCAACAAAUCCCUUUUCCACAACCCACAUGUGAAUGCGCUUCCUGAUGGCUAUGAAGAGCAUUAAAGCAGCCCCCAUUCAUAACUGGCACAGGGACCAGUCAUCGUCAGCGGCUGUUGCUGGACCAUACUCCAAUCUACAGUUUACUUUUGUCUCUUAUGUUGUGUUUACCUUCUGUGCUCUUUAACAGUGAGCACCUUAACCAACAGUACUUUUACUCUGGACCAUUAAACAAAAUGUCAGCUUGAAUUAAAUAAAGUAACUAUUACCUCCACUAAA